UGCCAUAUUUGUCAAGAGUGGCCUUUCUCUUUCAACCUAUAGCCACAGUAUGCACACCCUUUCUUCAUUUUUUCUCUCUUUGAAGUCGAACUUCCUCAUAAUGGUAAGAUAUAUAAGAAGGAACAUCUCUCCAGUUGGGAUCUGGACCCUUUCUUUUGAACUUUUAGAAAGCUUCAAACCCAGGACAUUAUGCAUAAGUUUGGUGGCAGACCUCUGCUGGUGGUGAUGAUGUUUUGUGAUGUAGUUCACACUCUGAGUAAGGUUCCAAUGGAUGAAGCAUGGGAGAACUGGAAAAUCACCUACAAAAGACAGUACAAUAGUCUGGAUGAAGAGUCUAUCCGUCAAGCCAUAUAGAAGAACAUGCUGUUUAUUGAGGCUCAUAACAAAGAAUAUGAUCUGGGGAUUCAUAGCUAUGAUCUGGGCAUGAAUCACUUAGGGGAUAUGACACUAGAAGAAGUGGCAGAGAAAUUUUUGGGACUGCAAAUGCCCAUUUCUCAGGACCCCACAAACACAUAUAUGCCUGAUGACAACAUGGGGAACUUGCCCGCAUCCAUCGACUACCGUGCACUUGGCUAUGUCACAUCUGUCAAGAAUCAGAACCCUCCUCAGGUUUCAUGUGGCUCCUGUUGGGCCUUUAGCUGUGUUGGAGCGUUGGAAGGUCAGCUGAUGAAGACCACGGGUAAACUGGUGGACCUUAGUCCGCAGAACCUGGUGGACUGUAGCAAAAAUGCUCAUCCGUGUAAUGGAGGAGAUAGGGGACUUGGCUUCAAUUACGUCAGAGACAAUCAUGGUAUUGAUUCGGAGGCGAGCUACCCUUACGUUGGACAGGUACAGAGGUGUGCCUACAACGUGUCAAGAAAGGCAGCUGACUGUAAGGGAUAUCAAGUGAUUCCUCGGGGUAAUGAGAGUGCUAUGGCUGCUGCUGUGGCAACGGUUGGGCCUGUGUCAGUGGGCAUAGAUGCCAAUCAGAACACAUUCCAAUUCUACAAAAGCGGUGUGUACUAUGAUCCCAACUGUUCAAAUGUCAACAACCAUGCCGUGCUAGUUGUUGGUUAUGGAGCCACACCGAACAAUGAAAGUUACUGGAUUGUAAAGAACAGUUGGGGUCUGAACUUUGGCACUCAGGGCUAUAUCCUGAUGGCUCGUGACCGUAACAAUGCCUGUGGCAUUGCCAACCGAGCAAUGUUCCCGUUGAUGUGAAAAUGGAUAGCAGCAAGUAGAGAACUCACAAGGGACGUAUCUAUCAGUUACUGAGCAACACAACAAUGACAAUUAUUUUUCUAAUGUCCCUGUUUUCUGUUUAUUCAUUAAUUACACCUUUUUUUACUUUUUUGCAACCAUGUCAGGACAAUUUUUAUACUUAAAUGACAAUAUUUAAAUAGGUAGUUUAAAUAGUGUCUUAUAAGUUUUGUAAUUUAAAAUUAUAAAUUUCACAAUUCAGUACCAUUUUGUGUGCAGAAAUAUAUAAAUA